AUGGCUUGUGAUUUGAAAAUCUCUGCACGUCGUUUUGCUUGCGUGUACUGUUUCUGGGUCUGGGCUCGUGCGAGUCGUGCAAUGUGCGGAAACUGCAGCAGCGAAUACUCAAUGAAUAUAGUUGUUCACGCUACCAAGAUCCGACAGCUACUUCAUUCGCCUGGACUUUGCUUGCUUGGACGUCUUGGCCACUACUCUCACUUUGCUUUGGCCGUCCUGCACUCGUGCAAUUUGACAGAUUUAUCAACUGUGCGCCCUCCGUGCCCCUGCCGAUGCCGACUUGACGACCUUGCUCCUUCCACCAGGUCGACGAUGUGUCGAUUCGUCUCACAAAUCACCGUCUACAAGUGCGGUGCGGUCGAGCAUGUUGAGAUAAAGGACGAAGACUGUAAACGAAGGGAAUGCAUCAACAGCAAGAAGCAUCCGUCUAAUUGUGCCCAAGAGUCAUUCCUCAAGCGACUAGCACGCCUGUUUUCGAGUCAUGAGCCGAAGCCUCAUGGACCAGGAUGUCGUAACUACCGAGAACUUUCAUUUGCAUUCAUGAACCGACCAAUGGAACAAUGCAGUGACAAGAGUUGUAAGCUCGUACAAGACCAGAACAACCCAUCGUUCAAAGCAGCUGUAGAAGCCAUUCGUGCCUUUGUGUUCCAGUCGAUACGUGAGCAGGAACAGGCAGAGCAUGAUGCAGCGUCGACGAGACAGCUUCGAGAUGAGCCGAUACCUUGGACCCCGCCGAACACUGCCCAAUGA